AUGGACUUCUCGGUUAAUAUAAUUUCGGCUAGUGCUUUCGGUUCUUUUGGCGACAUAUAUAGGUUCGAGGAUGGCAGCGGAGAUGCGCGUUGUCCAUUGUUAUUGGGCAGAAGCAGCUACUGUGGAUUCGGCAGAGUUCAAGGUCAAGGGCUAGACCAGAACGAAACUGAAGAAGGCGGCGUUGGUGGACAUCGUGACGUGGGUAGACGCCACAGUGUGACCACAAUGGCAACGGCCACAACCAUGGCGGCAUCUUCAACCAUGAUAUUGAGCUCGAGGUCAAGUCGUUUCGGGUUAGCCGAAAUGAACAGAAAUGUGGUUCAGCCAUCGAUGGAUAUUGGUGAACAGCGACAACAACAAUAUCAUCGACAACAGACUGGCAUAUCCAUGAGCUUCAGUAUGUUAUUGGCCAGGAUUUUGACAGAGGAACCGACACGUAUGAAUCCAAAUAUAUUACCGUCCGUUGAUGGUGUCCCGUUCAUUAUGCUCGGGCAAGAGCGAUUCGAACUGGAACCAGAGACGAUCUUUGUGCUGGGCAUGCGUCUGAGUGUGACGAAAAAUGAUAUUCUCAUGUUCUGUACUUCCGUGGGAAUGAUCGACCAUGCGAGUAAACCAAGGAUUUUUGUGUACAAAAAUAAGCAAAAUGGACGAUCAAAGGGUGAGGCGACCAUUACAUAUAUAAGUCCGUUCAUGGCGGAAAUGGCCAUUAGAUGCCUGAAUGGCAGCAAAUUUAUGGGAGAAACUAUAACGGUUUUACCGGCAUAUCUAUCAACGCGCAAGGGUCGUGGCAUCCGCUAUAGAUAUCCUCGAGAGUUCGCUCCAUCGAACAAUCGGGAACACCAACAGGAUCGGCAGCAGCAGAAUCGUCAACGUCGACCGCGUAAAUGGAGACCGGCUCGUGACAAUUGGUAUUGCAUGUCCUCCCGGAACAGUAAUUUUGUUUGGCGCUCCAAUUGCAAUCGUUGCAAGGCCAGCAAAUCGUAG